CAGCAGAAACCUAACCCCCCAUACUUAUUUAAUUUGUCUCUAUAAAAACCAACCAACAAAACUCAACUGUUUUCAUUUUUAUAAGGUAAAAUGAGAAUUAUGAAAUGCAUGGGGAGAAAGCGGAGAAAAACCGCGGGAAGCGCAGACAAGAAAGCUGCCGGCAACAUCAUUCGAGGAGACAGCAUUGCGAGAAAAUGGAAGCUUCUAAGCGGCGCAAACAACUGGCAAGGCCUGUUAGACCCGUUAGACCUCGAUCUCCGCAAAUACAUUAUCCACUACGGACAAAUGUCGCAAGCAACCUACGACACUUUCAACUCCGAGAAGGCGUCAAAGUACGCCGGAAGCAGCAGAUACUCAAAGGACAACCUCUUAUCCAAAGUUGGCGUCGACAAGGCGAAUCCGUUCAAGUACCGUGUCACUAAGUACGUCUACGCCACGUCAUCGUUGACAGAAGUCCCGGAUGCCUUCAUCUUGAGGUCAUGGUCCAGGGAAGCCUGGACCAAGGAAUCGAACUGGAUUGGCUACGUGGCAGUUGCUACAGAUGAAGGGAAACUGGCUCUCGGUCGGAGGGAUAUUUUGAUCGCGUGGAGAGGCACUGUUAGAACUCUUGAAUGGAUCAACGAUUUCGAAUUCUCGUUAGUCGAUGCACCGCUGAUCUUCGGAGCUGCAAACGAUGGUGAUGAUCAGCCUAGGGUUCAUCUUGGCUGGUACUCCAUCUACACUUCUGAUGAUCCAAGAUCACCUUUUAAUAAAACCAGUGCUAGAAACCAGGUUCUUGAAGAGGUGAAGAGAUUGGUAGAAGAGUACAAGAACGAGGAGACGAGCAUAACCGUAACCGGACACAGCUUAGGUGCAGCAGUUUGUACCUUAAACGCAUCCGACAUUGUAGUCAACAAAUACAACAAGCCAAAUGACAUGCCGGACAAGUCAUGUCCGGUGACAGUUUUCGCCUUCGCCAGCCCACGUGUGGGCGACGACAAAUUCCGGAAAAUCUUAUCGUCACUAAAAACAAAUAAUAAUCUAAACAUUCUCCGUGUCAGAAAUGCAAAAGACAUAGUCCCGAAAUACCCCUUCAUAGACUACUCGGAAGUAGGGGUGGAGCUAGUUAUAGACACGGAUAAAUCGAGCUAUUUGAAAAGCCCCGGGAAUUUGAGCAGCUGGCAUAGCUUGGAGGGGUACUUGCACGGAGUUGCGGGUACGCAAGGGAGCAGGGGAGGGUUUAAGCUCGAAGUUAACCGUAGUUUAGCUCUCGUUAACAAACACAUGGACGGGUUAAAAGACGAGUAUUGCGUUCCGGUUUCGUGGUGGUGUGAGAGGAAUAAGAGUAUGGUGCAGAGUGAUGAUGGUUCUUGGGAAUUGAUUGAUCAUGAAGAUGAUGAUUUUUUUUGAUUUAUCCUAGAAUUUAAUCACAAUUGUUGUAUGGAUGAAUUAUUUAUUUGUUUCAUAUUUAAUUUCUUAUUAAUUCCAUAAAUUAUGUGUUUAUUUU